ACUCGUCCCUACGCGCGUUCUAUGUGCAUUGAGCUUCAGAGAAUCCACCGUAGCAGUCGGAAGCAGCCACUUCUUUCUCCUCCUCCGCCAGAGAUUGACCCAAGAUGGAGCAGUUGAAAGAGAGGAAGUUUGUGUGUAAGUUCUGUAGCAAGAGGUUUCCUUGUGGUAAAUCACUUGGAGGUCACAUCAGAACUCACAUGAAUGAGAAUUCAGCUGAUUCAGAUGAGGAUGAGGUUAAUAAGCUCAAGAUGAUUGAUGAAAAUGGUGGUCAGUCUAGUUAUGGUCUCAGAGAGAAUCCUAAAAAGAAUAAGAGGUUUGUGGAUCACAGACAGAUGAUGGCUUUGAAACAGCAGCAACAACUGCAACAGCUGCUUUGUUGCAGAGAAUGUGGUAAAGGGUUUGUUUCUUCUAAAGCUCUUUGCGGUCAUAUGGCUAGUCACUCUGAGAGAGAGAAGAUUGUUAUGGAUAGUCAAUCUGAUACUGAGGCUUCUUCCUCUCCUAUCAGAAGAAGAUCCAAGAGAGUUGUUGUGAAACAUCACCACAAAGAUGCUUUUGUAGUUGGUGGUAAUGGUAUCAUGAAUCAAUCGACUUCAGCAUCUUCUGAUGCUUCUGAGCUUGAGCCUGAACAGGAGGAAAUGGCAAGGUCUUUGAUGAUGCUGUCGAGGGAUUCUAGUUUCAAGAAAGAACAUAACUUGGUGGUGAACUCUUUGGCUGAGUCAUCUGACAACAACUCUGUGAUUCUUGAGACUAAGUCAUCAUCAGGAGAACAGCUUAAGAUGUUCAAUGUGAAGAAUGUUGAGGAGAUCUGUAAGAAGAACAAACUUGUAGUUGAUAACCAGAUGAGAGCUGGUGAAGAUAAUGGUGAUCUUCUUUAUGAUUCAGAUAAUUCUGAUUCUGGCUACUUCAGGAAUGGACCAAAGAAGUUGGACUCAGAUGUUUCUGUUGAUGGGUUCUUCAGGAACAAAGCUGUAAUGGGAUCUGGAUCCGGGUUCAACAGCUCCCCAACAAAACAAGAUAUGGACAUGAACAGAUUCAAGAAGGAAUGGUAUAAGGAGGGAGGGUCAGGGUCAGGAUCAGGAUCAGGUCGUUCGUCUACAAAGUAUGAUCUGAGGAAUAGCAAAAGAGGGUUUCCUUCUUACAGUCGAAAGAAAAUCAAGUACGAUUUCACUGAAUCUGUGUAUGACAGUGGUGAAUAUAGCUUGGAAACUGAUUCUUGCGCGGACACAAACCGAACUAUCAAGAUUCUUAGUAAGUCCGCAAUGGUUAAGAAAGCAAGUGGUGCAAAGAAGAAAAACAAAGGUCACGAGUGUCCGAUUUGCUUCAGGGUGUUCAAAUCAGGACAAGCUUUAGGUGGUCACAAGAGAUCACAUUUCAUUGGGAAUCAAGACCACAGGACUUUGGUGAUUCAACACCAAGUAGCUCAUGAGAUGCAUACACUCAUCGAUCUCAAUCUUCCUGCUCCUAUUGAUGAAUGAUUUCGUAACAGAAACCGUGAUUGUGUUCUCUUUAUUGUUUCCUUUCUGUUUAUUGAUUCUUUUGCUUCAGAUUCAAGAAUGCUUUUGGUUUGGAAGGUAAAUCAAAUCAUCUUUUAUUUGUUCAUAAUCAUAUAAAGCUUGGUGCUUUUG